AUGACCUUUCUCCUCCCUACAGCCAUCAUGAGAUUCUGGACCGCUUGCCCUGCCUUCUCCACCAUCUACUUCCUCUUGAUCAUCUUUGUGAUAUCCACCAUUUUCCACUGCCACCAGCGCCUGGCCCUGGUGCCUGCACCCUGGGCACACCCAGCCCAUGUGGUCCUGGCCCCCAAACACCUCCCCCGAGAGGGUGUGUGGACCAUCAACUCCAAAGGCCGCCUGGGGAACCAGAUGGGCCAGUAUGCCACCCUGUACGCCCUGGCCAAGAUGAAUGGAAGGUCCGCCUUCAUCCCGGCCCAGAUGCACAGCAUGCUGGCCCCCAUCUUCAAGAUCACCCUCCCCGUCCUGCACAGCACCAUGGCCAGCAGGAUCCAGUGGCAGGACUACUAUCUGCUUGAUUGGAUGGAGGAGCAGUACCGCCACAUCCCAGGGGAGUACGUGCGUCUGAUGGGCUACCCAUGCUCCUGGACCUUCUACCACCACCUCCGUGACGAGAUCCUCCAGGAGUUCACAUUGCACGACCAUGUGCGCCGGGAGGCCCAGUGGUUCCUCCAGCAGCUGCAGGCCAGGCGGACGCGGCGGGCGACCUUCGUGGGGGUCCACGUCCGCCGGGGCGACUACGUGCGCGUCAUGCCGCGGGUGUGGAAGGGUGUGCUGGCAGACCGCAGCUACCUGCAGCGGGCCCUGGACUGGUUCCGGGCCCGCUACCACACCACCAUCUUCGUGGUCACCAGCGACGACAUGGCCUGGUGUCGGCAGAACAUCAACAGCUCUCUCGGGGAUGUAGUGUUCGCUGGCAACGGCCUUCAAGGCUCACCCGCCAAGGACUUUGCGCUGCUCACGCAGUGUAACCACACCAUCAUCACCAUCGGUACAUUUGGGAUCUGGGCAGCCUACCUCACGGGAGGGAACACCAUCUACCUGGCCAACUUUACCCUGCCCAACUCCCCCUUCCACGCAGUCUUUAAGCCAAAAGCGGCCUUCCUGCCAGAGUGGGUGGGGAUUGCUGCGGACCUUGGGUAG